GCGUCCAGUCAUCUGUUCCCUACAAGGCGCCAGAUCGGAGCCGCCAGCCCGCAGAGACCCGCAGAGACCCGCAGCGAGCAGCCGCCACCCGAAGCGACACGCGGGUCAAAUCGUCCCCACAGCGAAGCGUCUCGAGGUCCGCCGGAGCGAGCCGCCGUGCAGAAUGCGAGCGAAACGGGAAGAGACGGAACCCGCGUCCACGGAGCACACGGCGCGGCCCAGGAAGAGGAAGGCAGAUGUUGCCAUCUAUUUACAUGACGUGGAUGAGGAGGUCGCAGAGAUGACGAAGAAGAAGCAGCGGGAAUGCGAGCUGGGCAGGAGUCCCGAUGCCGGUUGCACGAGUCCCCAGAGGUGGAUCCCCACACCCGACCAGGAAGAGGACCAAGCGGUCGCCCUGAUAAACGCGGGGUUCCCCCACUACAACUUCCACAAUGUGCUUGUGACGCCCGUACGUUGUGCACCUCUUCCUGCGCUGUGCUGGGCGAGUAAAGAUGUGGUGUGGAACAACAUGUUGGAGAAGGAUAAGACCUACAGCAGAGAUGUGCACGUGAUGGAAAAACAUCCUCACCUGCAGCCCAAGAUGCGAGCCGUCCUCCUGGACUGGCUCAUGGAGGUGAGUGAGGUGUACAAGCUGCACAGGGAGUCGUACCACCUCGCCCAGGACUACUUUGAUCGCUUCAUGGCCACGCAGAGGAACGUCUUCAAGUCCACGCUGCAGCUCAUAGGCAUCACCUGUCUCUUCAUCGCCGCCAAAGUCGAGGAGAUGUACCCUCCCAAGGUCCACCAGUUUGCCUACGUCACAGACGAGGCCUGCACUGAAGACGAGAUUCUCAGUAUGGAAAUCAUUAUUAUGAAGGAGCUCAAGUGGAGCCUCAGCCCCCAGACUCCCAUCUCCUGGCUCAAUGUCUACAUGCAGGUGGCCUACCUUCAGGAAACCGACCAGCUGCUCAUCCCCAAAUAUCCCCAGACCACCUUCUCUCAGAUCGCAGAGCUGUUGGACCUGUGUAUGCUCGAUGUGCGAUGCCUUGAGUUUUCCAACGGCGUCCUUGCGGCCUCGGCGCUGUUUCACUUCUCCUCCCUGGAGCUAGUGGAAAAUGUCUCUGCUCUGAAGAGGGUGGAGGUGGAGCAGUGCGUCAGGUGGAUGGUGCCGUUCGCCUUGGCACUGCGGGAGGUCGGUGGCUCGUCUAUGAAAACGUUCACAGGAAUCCCCGCAGAUGACAUGCACAACAUCCAGACGCACGUCUCCUACAUCUCGUGGUUGGACCGGGCCUACUCUUACCAGGACGUGGAGUUGGAGCGGCACGUCAGCUGCCCUGUGCCAUCGGGUGUCCUGACUCCUCCCCAGAGCAGCGAGAAGACCGAGGAGUCGGUCCGAGUGGACACAGCGGUGCUGAAAAUCCUCCCCAGGAUUCGCACUCCAUCCCCACAAGGGCGCCUUCCAAAAUAGUGAGAAAAACACUGAAGCAAACCCCACUUAUGGUCAGUCUUACAUUUUAGCUGUGCGCCGAAGAAAAACCCAACUGUCUGAACAGCGGCGCCACGGAGGCACCUGGUCACACGGGUACGAUGGCUUUUCAGUGGGGGACAUCUGAUGAAAAUAUCCUCUUUUCCCCUUUUGCAAGCCAUGCUGAUUACUUGGAUCCAGUUGCUUUUAAAUCUCCUUGUCGGGGUGCACGCGUAGACUUCGACCACAUUGGAGAAACCGCGAGUGACUCCGUGAGGAAAUGUUUGGAUGCCCCCUCCAUCUUCCCAGGAAUCUUACCUAUUUAACCCUCCAGUUAAGAUAAAAACACAAAGCGAAGGGCUGUUAGGGAUGACCCUGCCCAAAAGGAGAGAGAUAUAUAUAUAUCUAUAUAUAUAUCUUAAAUUUGAGGAGCAGCAUUGCAUACAAAUGUUUGCAUUAACUGCCAAUAACGGCUAUAUUUUGUUUUUGCCAUUUUCAUCUUCUAUGCAGACACCAAAUUGAAUGGACAGUUUAUGGAGUCUCUACUUGAUUUAGUGUGUGUGUGUGUGUGUGUGUGUGUGUGUGUUUUUGCUGUUAGUGGCCUCAAUUGCCCAAAAACUAUUCCUAGGGUCAUAUUUGGCUCUUUGUGCUGCUAUAAAAGUGGGCUUUGGAUGAUUGAGGGGGAAAAGUACAAGUGUCUGAAACUGCGUGAUUGUUUUUGGUUCUACUACGUUUUAUUGUCCAAAACACGGACAUGUUUUGCUUAGGGACCAGGAGCUUUGCUACCUAAACGGACAAGUGAACCAGCCAGGCUUCAGAAGCUGAACUAUUGAUUGUAUUUAACUUUUUAUUUUUAUCCUAACCUGCAUUUUUGUUUCCCCAACACCAAAAUGUAAGAAUUUUAUUUGACUUUUUUUUUUUUUAUAUAAAAUGCUGCUACAUUUUUUUCAUUUUAAGGAGUUUUGGAGGUCUUUGUUUGAAUAAAAAGAUCACUUUUAACAUUUAUUUUGCACUGAUUGGACUUUGAAUCUCGACUGUUUUAAUGUAUCGCCAUCAUCUAAGUAUCAUAAUCCAAUUAAACCCCUCACUAUCAUCGGAAAAUUGAAGCUUGAAAGAAUUGCAAUGUCCAUCUAUCAACUGCUAGAUCGAUACAGUG